GCUGCGCGCGAGAGCUGGGGGUGCCUGCAGCGGCAGAAGGGCGUGCAAGCAGGAGCUGGGGUUCCUGCUUGGAGGACCAGUGCAGGAAGCUCCAUGAGAAACGGGUAUCCCUCAGUAGGACAGAUCGUAGACAUGUGCGCCCCUUCCUGCUGUUCCUGAAUAGCUGAACUUCCUGUUCCAAGCGCCUUCUUGGCCUCUGUUUUAUGGCGUCAGCCUUUGAGGAAGGACCAGUGGGGGGGCUGACUCUCUUCAUCGCUGUAUCCCUGGCCUCUGCCUGCUUUGUGGCUCUCUGCGCAGCCUGCAGAAGGAAAGAUGAGAGCAACCUGCCUUCCCAGGAUGAUGACCAUGUGUUGUUUGAUGAAGCUGCUGUGCUGAGAGAGACGGCGCCCUCGGCAUUCGGGGGAUCGGCUCCCAAUCUGCAGCACGUCGGUGGGAGGGAUUCAGGGGACGUGAACCAAAGACCAGCCCCGCUGACCUUUCCUCGCCCGUUGGGUGAAGAUGACGGCACGGUGCCCAGCUGCAGCUUCAUCAUCCUUCCUCCGAGGGAUCUGCCCACCGUCCUGCUUUCUCCGGAGGAGACUUACUCCAACCUGGACUUCCCAAAGCGAGGGGAGGAGAUGCUGGGCGAAUCCAGGAGAGUGGAGGGAGGGAAGAGGAAGAGCUGCCGCCCCAGGGCAGAGAAGAUGGUGGAGCAUGCCCACCAGGGCCACCAGGAGCAGGCGGCUGGACCCAGCUAUGCGCGUGUUGCAAAGAGGAAUGAGAAUGGCAAGCAAGCCUGGGUGGAGAUGAGGAAUCCUCAGGAGGCCUCUCUUCUCCCAGGCACGGGGCUGUCUUCACCAGCAAAAGGGGUAGAAGAAAUGUACUCGGUAGUGUGCAAAGAGAAAAAGAAGAAAAAAGCCCAUUGCUCUGAAAGAGCUAGUGAAGAGAAAGUCCCCCAGGCAGAGGCGAGACCAGGACACUGCCAGCGGACAACAGUCAGUCAGGAACCAAAUGGCAUUGCAAGUUUCCAGUCCUCAUCGCUCCCCGCCGCCACUGAGCCUUGCUAUGAAUCUAUCCACUGUGAACCCUGGACCGAGGUUGCAAGGCAGCCAGCCUCAGAGCCAGCCUAUGAGACCGUAGAGACUUACUGGCACGGCGCAAAGAAGAACUCGAAGGCGUCGAAGCGAAAGACGGUGGCCGAAAACCUGUACGAAAGCAUCGACCAGGUGGCCUUUCAGGGGCGAGGCCGAGCGCCAGAUCUCGAAAGCUGACUGCGCGGCAUGUUUGCAGCUCCAAGGGCCUGCGUCCCGACAGGCAAAAGGAAUUUUUUGAUCUUAAGACAGGAGCUAAGGAGCUUGUGGUCAAGAAAAAUCAAAUCUCACCUGCAGGACAUGCUGUGAAAGGGCCCUCAGCCAUUGACCGCUGCCCGGCCAGACCGGAGAACGGUUGUGUGCCUCUGAUAAGCUUUCCAUGCGUGUAUCGCCCUCCUGGCGCGAUCUCUGGCUAGCCCUCCUUGUCUCGGGUGGCCGGGGAGGAUGGGGAUUGUAGUCAAAGGCCUCUAGAAGGUCCCUCAAAAAGCUUUUCG